CUGGUCUCCGCUGGCACCGCCGCCAGGACGUCCCGCCCGGAUCCCGGCUCCGGCUCCGGCUCCGGCUCCGGAUCUGCCCUGGCAGCCAUCUCGGAACCCGGCGCAGUGGAUGGGUAGGGGACGUGGGGUGUGCAGAAGGCGGGAGGUGCAGAACAUGCCUCCGCCACCCCGAGCUUCUGCCGCUGCCCGAGGCCACGCUCGCCAGUGCUCAUGGCCCACGCGGGCCCGUCACUGCCUGGCGUGUUCGACGUUCUAGGCGCCGCAGGCCAGGACAAGCUCUUGCAUCUGAAGCACAAACUGAAGACCUUGCGCACGGGCUGCCAGGGGGCCGGCCUCCUACACGCCAUGGUGCUCCUGACCCUGGGCCAGGACACAGAGGCCAGGAUCUCUCUGGAGGCGCUGAAGGCGGAUGCGGUGGCCCGGGUGGUGGCCCGCCAGUGGGCCGGCAUGGACAGCGUGGACGGCACUGAGGCCCCCGAGGAGCCUCCUGACGUGUCCUGGGCGGUCGCCCGCCUGUACCAUCUGCUGGCGGAGGAAAAGCUGUGUCCGGCCUCGCUGCGGGACGUGGCCUACCAGGCAGCCCUCCGCGACCUCCGCGCCAGGGAUGACUGCCGUCUGGGGGAGCUCCAGGUUGAGGCCCAGGACCGGUGUGGGUGGGACGUUGUCGGGGACCCGAGGGGCUUCCAGACCCUCCACUCCGACCUGGGCUGCCUUCCAGCGUCCUCAGCUCCGCCCUCUGGGACCCGCAGCCUUCCUCGCCCCAUCGACGACCUGUCGGGCUGGAGCCAAGGGCGCUCGCUGAGAUCCGCCAGCCCGGCCUCGCUGGCCAGCGACUUGGAAAUCAGCCAGUCGCCCACCAUGCCCUUCCUCAGCCUGCACCGCAGCCCCCGAGGGCCCAGCAAGCUCUGUGACGGCCCCCGGGCCAGCCCGGUGCCAGAGCCUGUCCCCAGCGGCUGCCAGGAGCCCGAGGAGAUGAGCUGGCCCCCGUCGGGAGAGAUUGCCGGCUCCCCGGAGCUUCCCGAGGUGGCCCCAGAUCCAGCUCCUCCUGGCCUCCCUGACACCCCUGAAGUUCCGGAAGCCAGCACCCACCACCCGGUGGAGUGCACCGAGGUGUCUGCAGCCCCCGCGUCUCUCUCCUCGCCCAUCCCGGAGCCUGUCGGAAACCCCCGCCCUGCCAAAGACCAGACACCGCUCCAGCUUUCGCAAGAAGACACCACGUGCCCGGAUAUCAAGCCAUGCCCAGCUGCUCCCUCGAUCCCCGAAACGUCCUGUCCCCAAACGCCACUCCCCCCUCCUCCUCCACCGUCCUCUUGUCCGGCCUACCUGGCCUCCUCGUCCCACCUGGCCUCCUCGUCCCUAUGGCCUUCCUCCCCUGAGGUGUCAUCGGAGCAGAAGUUCUAUAACUUUGUGGUGCUCCACGCCAAGGCGGACGAGCACGUCGCCCUGCGGGUCCGGGAGAAGCUGGAGGCCCUUGGCGUGUCCGACGGGGCCACCUUCUGCGAGGACUUCCAGGUGCCCGGGCGUGGGGAGCUGCGCUGCCUGCAGGACGCCAUAGACCACUCGGCCUUCGUCAUCCUACUGCUCACCUCCAGCUUUGACUGCCGCCUGAGCCUGUACCAGGUGUGCCAAGCCCUGACGAGCAGCUUCACGCGACACGGGUGGCAGGACUGCGUGGUCCCCUUCCUGCCCCUGGAGAGCUCCCCGGCCCAGCUCCGCUCCGACACGGCCAGCCUGCUCGCCGGCCUGGUGUGGCUCGAGGAGCGCUCCCCCGUCUUCGCCAGGAAGGUAGCCAACACCUUCAAGCCCCAGAAGCUCAGGCGCCGCAAGGACAACUGGAGGAAGGAGCAGGACGCCCGGGCCCUGCGGGAGCGGAGCCAACACCUGGAGGGCGAGCGGGAGCAGGCGGCGGCCCUGAACGCCGCGCACUCCGCCUACCUCCAGAGCUACUUGGCCUGGCAGGCGCAGAUGGAGCAGCUCCAGGUGGCUUUCGGGAGCCACAUGUCACUCGGGACUGGGAUGCCCUUCUGGGCUCCGGGACCCUUUGCGGGGGGCCAGGUGCCCCAGGGAGCCCCGCCCCGCUUCCCCGCCUGGCCAGGUUGCCCGCAGCCACCGCCCCUGCUGCACCCGUGGCCGGCGGGCACCCCGCCAGCGGCCUUCCCCACGGCGUCCCCUGCUCCCGCUCCCAGCGCGGGGCCGCAGCCCCUCAUCAUCCACCACGCCCAGAUGGUGCAGCUGGGGCUGAACAACCACAUGUGGAGCCAGCGCGGGGCGCAGGCGCCUGAGGACAAGACGCAGGAGGCCGAGUGACCCGCGUCCGGGUCAGGGGAGCACAGGUGGGCCCGCCGCGGGCUUUGGGCGGGACCUUGGGGACCCCCCACCUCCCCGCGUCUGCCCCGCUCCCGGGGGACAGUGCAAGGCCGGGUCCCCAGCUGCGCUCACGACACUGCCCGGCGCCCUUCAUUUCUCAGGAAACAGCAAAAUGGGCUCUCAGGACUUCCUGGCCUUCGGGGUGGCCGGAAGGGGACAGUGUUUACAUUUUCAGUCCCUCUCUGGGUGGGGGGUCUUGGUGGUGGGGACGUUUGUAGGGUC